UAUGACGUCACGCGCGCGACGCUCGUUUGUUUAUCACCAACUUGGAACGGAAUAUCACCGUGUUCAAACAUUCGGCAAAAGUUUCGAGGAAUAUACUUAGGGAUUGUAUUUUAUUAAUUAAAUGUAUUAAUAUCUCCACUCAAACCACCCUUUGGAUCCGCGGUAGUUCGUAUUUAGUGUUUCCCGCGCGCGUUGUGCCACAUUGAAGUUAAAUCCAUAUUAGGCUUACGUAACAAAAACUGCUGACAGGGAGGUUUGGUGAGAGACCGCAGUCAGCAUGUCAUCUUUCUCCGAGUCUGCGCUGGAGAAGAAGCUGUCUGAACUGAGUAACUCGCAGCAGAGCGUUCAGACGCUGUCUCUGUGGAUCAUUCAUCACCGCAAGCAUGCGUCCUUCAUCGUGCGCGUGUGGCACAGAGAACUGAAGAAAGCUAAAAGAAGCAGGAAGUUGACGUUCCUGUAUCUGGCUAAUGACGUGAUCCAGAACAGUAAGAAAAAGGGUCCCGAGUUCGCCAAAAACUUUGAGGGCGUCCUGGUUGAUGCCUGCUCACACGUGGCCAGAGAUGGAGAUGAAGGCUGUAAGAAGCACAUGGAAAGAUUGCUGAACAUCUGGCAGGAGCGAAACCUGUACCGUGCAGACUUCAUCCAGCAGCUCAAACUGGCCAUCGAGGACUCGGAUAGUCCCAAACAGAAGCCCGCAGUAGAUGAUAGAAAACACUUGAAGAGGAGCUACCAGAAGGUCCAGGAGGAAGAGGAGGAGGAAGAUGAUGAUUACAGAGGACACUAUUCUCCCCAGGAGACGGACGCAGCUGCUCCACAACUCACGGAGGAUCUGGUGAAAGCGCUGCAGGAUCUGGAGAACGCUGCGUCCGGUGACGCUGCUGUGAGACAGAAGAUCGCAUCACUUCCUCAGGAAGUGCAGGACGUCUCUCUUCUGGAGAAGAUCACAGAUAAACAGGCGGCAGACAAGCUGUCGAAGACGGUGGACGAGGCCUGUCUGCUGCUGGCGGAGUAUAACGGACGCCUGGCCGCUGAGCUAGAGGACCGCAGACAGCUGGCACGCAUGCUGACCGAAUACAUCCAGAGCCAGAGAGAAGCGCUCAGCGAGAGAGAGAAGAAGCUGGAGGAGUACAAGCAGAAACUGGCUCGCGUCACACAGGUGAGGAAGGAGCUCAAGUCUCACAUCCAGAGUCUUCCAGAUCUGUCUCUUCUCCCGAGCGUCACCGGUGGUCUCGCUCCUCUCCCGUCUGCUGGAGAUCUGUUCUCCACCGACUGAACCUCUCUCAGACUGAACAUCAGAUGAAGAUCUGUCACCAGCUCAGCUCUCACAGCUUUGUGUUGCUUUAGUUCUCAUGUCUCAGCUAAACCUCACCGAUCCGUCAGUAAACCAGACUCAGAGUCUGGAGAUUGUGUUGAUGUGACUUUGCUGUGGAAAGCAACUCCCUUUGCUUUGUCUUAUUUCUGUAGAUUAUUAGUUUUAUUGCAGAGUUUAAUUUUGGUUUUUGGAGGAAACUAAACAUGAGGAUUGAGUUUUAAACACCUCACUGUUAAUGAGUUGAUGAUAUCAAGAGAAAUGAAUGAGUAACUCAUGCCCAUCAUCAGAUUCGGUGAUAUAUUUUGGUUACAAACCUGACCUGUUUUUCUUCAAAUUAUUAUUUUGCUGAUAAAUACAACAGAUGUGGUACAUAAUAUGGUCACUGUAUGAUUAGUGUCUCUCAUUAAAUAUGAUUGAACACAUUUCAACAAAAUAUAUAUAUUUUUUAAUAUAAGUAAAUCUUUGGGGUUUGAUUUGAACGGAUUGCUGUAUUAUCAGAGGGACAUGUAAAUGAGAUUGUGUGAAGCAUCUGUGAAAUAUAAAGUGGCCAAACUCUGUCCAAAACACUUCUUAUGUUUAAUUCACAGAUGAGUGGAUCAUUUUAUGCUGUUGAUCAACACCAAAACAGAGAAUACUGAAGGUUUUCUAGGUUUCUUAUAAGUCAUUGUUGUUUACAGAUUCAGAAUCAGUGACACUAUUGAGCUGAAAAGCCGUAUUGUGCUCUGUAGCCAUUAUGUUUAUAUUAAUAACUCAUAACUACAUCAAAUUUGGAAGAUAUCCUACUAUUUUCUUUACUUUCUGGACCCAGUUUAGUUUAAUGGCUCAGGUACAUAAGGUACUAUUCAUCUUUUGAACCAUAAACAAUAAACUCAUUCUCUUGAUAAUA